UGGGCAUGGGGUUUUAUGUUUUUUUCUCUUUCUCUUUGUCUCUGUUAAUCAUAUAUUAAAGCAAAGAAAGAAAACUGAAGAGGAAACAGAGAAUGAAACUGAAAAUGGGCACAGAAACACAAGAUGAAGUGAACACAAGAAAGGGUGGUCUUAGAACCAUGCCAUUCAUCAUUUUGAAUGAAUCAUUUGAGAUGAUAGCAAGUUAUGGUUCACAAACAAAUUUGAUAAUUUACUUGAUGACAUAUUAUAACAUGAGUGCUGCUACUGGUACUAGUAUUCUUGCAUUAUGGGGUGCACUUUCAGGUGGAUUGGCUAUUGUUGGGGCAAUUAUUGCUGAUUCUUAUUGGGGGAGAUUUAAUGCUGUUGCCUAUGGAACCAUCUUCACUUUUAUUGGAGUGGUUAUUCUUUGGCUCACAUCAAUGAUUCCACAACUCACGACUUUGGCCUGUUCUCAGUUUCAACAUGUUUGUAAUGGACCAACAGCAUUCCAACUUGCUGUUCUGUUUACAUCUUUUGCGUUUACGUCAGUCGGAGCUGGUUUUGUUAGACCUUGUUCUAUAAUGUUUGGUGCUGAUCAAUUGGAACAAAAAGGGAACCCAGAGAACAAGAAGAUUGUUGAGAGCUAUUUCAAUUGGUACUAUGCUAGCACAGGGGUUGCAACUAUGAUUGCAGUUACUGUAAUUAUUUAUAUUCAAGAUCGUUUUGGUUGGCAAAUUGGGUUUGGUAUCCCUGUUAUACUCAUGGUUUUGUCUGUCUCAACGUUCCUAAUCGGUUCUCCUCUUUAUAUCAAAGUGAAAACUGAUACAGAGAACUUGCUAUUAGGAUUGUUCCAAGCAGGUGUAGCAGCUUUUAGAAAAAGAAAAAUCCGUCUUCCAUUGACUGGUUGUGAUGACUACUAUCAUUCGCCGUAUGAAACAGAGGUCUUAACGCCAUCAAAGGACUUCAGGUGGUUAAAUAGAGCUUGUAUGAUUGAAGAUCCUGAAAGAGAUUUGAAUCCUGAUGGAUCAACUUCAAAUCCAUGGAAUCUCUGUAGUGUGGAACGAGUUGAAUCACUCAAGGCUCUUAUUAGAAUACUUCCUAUGUGGUCUGCUGGUUUUAUGAUGUUUGUGGACUUGAAUGUAUUCACAUUUUCUGUACUUCAAACAAAGACCAUGGAUAGACAUAUCUUCCCGCACUUUGAAGUACCAGCAGCAUCAUUCAGUGUGUUCCUGAUUAUUGCUUUAACAAUCUGGAUUACUUUCUACGACCGUGUUUUUGUCCCUUUGCUAUCAAAAUAUACUGGACGGCCAAGAGGGCUAAGUCCUGUUACCCGAAUGGGAAUUGGCUUAGCAGUCUCUUGUAUGUCUAUGGCGUUGUCAGCAAUAACAGAAAGUAUAAGACGAAAAAGGGCAAUAGCGGAAGGGCAUGAGGACGACCCACAUGCUUUAGUAAACAUGUCUGCUAUGUGGUUCGUGCCACAGUAUGCACUACUCGGAGUAGCUCAGGCUACACAUGUAGUUGGACAGAUUGAGUUCUUCUACACUCUAUUACCAAAAAGCAUGGCCAGCAUCGCGUCAGCUAUGUACACUGUUGGUACUGCUGUGUCGAGUUUGAUUGGAAGUUUUCUGGUGAGUAGUGAGGAUUGGCUUACAUCAAGGGGAGGUAAAACGAGCUGGCUUGCUAGCAACAUUAAUAAGGGUCACCUGGAUUACCAUUUCUGGAUACUUGCUUUUAUGAGUUUUCUCAACUUGUUAUAUUUUCUAGUCGUUUGCCGGUUUUAUCAAACUGAGAAUGAUGAGUUACCUCAUGUGGUCGAUGAGGAAGAAUGUGAUUAUAGACUCUUACAUGAAUCUUGAUGAUAUGUUGUACUGCAUUCUUGA